AUCUGAUGAAUUAGAAAAUUCUUUUAAAAUUGCUCUAAAUUUAUUUAAUAAUAUGGAAAAAAAAUCAAAUAAGAUUCAAUUUAUGGAGAUUAAUUUUAGAGGACAACUACCAUCAAAGAAAAUUGAUCAAUCUAUUGGAAAUUUAAUUAAAGCACAAAAAAAUUUGAAAUCUUGUAAAUUCAUAGAAUAUUGGGAUCCAAAAGAUCCAAGUAUUUACAAAGUAUUAUUAAAUAAUAAUUCUUUAACCCAUUUAAAUUUAUCUUUAUCUUAUUUUCAUCAAUCUUUCUUUGAAGGUUUAUUAGCUUGUAAAAAUUUGGAAACUUUGGAAUUAUUAAGAUGUCCUCAAAUGCCUUCACAUCUUUUGGAUUUUCCUUUAAAAGGUUCACUUCCUAUUAAGAAUUUAAAAGUUAUAAUGAAUUAUCCCGCUGCAUUUAAUGAAUCUCUUACAGUUUUACUUCAUAUGUGUAAUAUUAAUUUAAGAAAAUUAUUUAUUAGUGGAGUAGAUGAUAUUAUUAUUGAUAAUAUUUGUUCAUAUAAUACUCGACUUACUCAUUUAUCCAUUUUAGCUCAACAACAAAUUUUUGAUCCACCGCAAUCUUUAUCUUCUUCUUUACAGUAUUUGUGUUUUAAUUUUAAUAUUGAUACUAAUUCUUUAAAAAUUUUCUUGAAUGAUUGUAAAAUUCCUUUAAAAAGUUUGGAAUUUCAUCAAUCUGAUAGUCAAGGUGACGAAGUUUUUGACUCUCUUUUCUUCAAAUACAUUUGAGAAAGCGAAGAAACACAUCAAUAUUAUAUUAGAUGUUCCCAAAAAUCAUGAUCUUUGGUAAGGUUGGUAUAAUUUUGAUUGUAUAAUUAUGUUAGAAAAAAAAAAAAUUUGAAAUUAUGUAUUUUAUGUAUUUGCGCGUUUUUAACUUCGUGACUUAUUGGACACGUGGGACGUAGUUUAUCAUGUGACUUCUAGUUACAUAUGUUCAUGGCGAUAAUUAAAAAAGUUUGAUUCCGAGAUUUAAAAAUAAAAAGUUUCAUGAGUUUAAUUAUCAAUAGCAUUUGUAUGAGAUAUAAUAUUAAAAUUAUAGUUAUCUUGAUAUAAAUUAUAUAAAUUGUAUU